AUGAACUCUCCGAACGUGUGCCGCCCCUCGCGCCUAACGGUGGCAUCGGCGUCGAAGAGGGCCUUCCGCAGCUGCCCCAUGAUCGGCGGCAGGGUGGUCCGGAGAGUAUCCCGCGGCCAGCGCUCGAUAGCGACGCACAAGAAGCCCGACCCCUUGCGCCGCAGAUACGCUGAAAAAAAAGAAGCAAGGUCGGGGGGAAGGGGAGAUGGAUCGGUACAGCACUGGGCCCUCUAUAAUGCCGGGGUGUGUUCAGAGAUUGCUCCUGCACAAUACCGGACAUCUGCACUAUUCAAAGUACAGAACGGCUUGUCGUUUCAGAAAAACGAAGAUCGUAUUUCUCUCACCUCCCUGGGCGUGCUCAAGAACGGCAGCAGCGCGGGAAUGAUGGCCGCCGCAGGAGCGCAGAAGCCCGACCCCACCGCCUUCGCCAGCCCGGAAACGACGGCGCAGACCAGCUGCGUAACCCGAGCCGCCCCGGGAACUUCGGCCCGGGUGUUCGUUAGAGCGUGGCACACGAGUGCCAGCGAUUCCUGGGGUUGCGGGGGGGCUGUCUCUUAUACACAUCUGUG